UUAUCUUCUCUCUUCUCUUCUCUUCCUUUCUUUCUCCUCCAUAUAUAACUCUGCCCUUCAGAAUCCUUGUAUACACAUGGAUUAUAUCCCCAGCAAACCAUGCCUCCCCCAUAAACCUUUCUCCAUGCCAACAUCUCCACACCGGUCCUAGUCAAUCAAUCCCGCUCUGUCCCCCCUCCCUCCCCCCGAACGCCAGCGUCAUCGCCAUCACUGGUUCCUCCCCCUUCAACCCCAGACUCGAUCUGAUCCAUCCUUCGACUAAACACGUCGGAACCCCUUCCCCGCUGGACAGCUCAGCUUGGAACUUAGCUGGACCGUCACUUGUGCUUGCCGAUCGCUGAGCUCAGUUAAUUUCUCCAUCUUAAACAAGAGGGUGGCACCGGUCGCUGCCCCCAUCAAGAUGGAGCCCCGCAAAACGCCCCCGGAGUACUUUUUGGAGAUCUUCGCAGAUACCACCAACGUCCGCGACGUGUUAAAAGGUAUUCUCAACACCAUCUUCUUCCACCGAUACUUCCCCUCCAUCCGCCCAAUCACCUUCGACGUCCUCGACUUCACCCUCCCCGCCAUCAACGACGUAGACCUCGAAACCCUCAUCGACUCCCGUGUGAGUUCCCUCGUCCGCCAGCACUCCUCCGCCGCCAGCGCCCCCGAUGGCGGCGGCGGGGGUGUCCGGGCACGGAUGGCCGUGGAAUUCUACGAAAAGCGACGUCGACGACCGGGAAUCUGGUUUGGCGGACUAUCAGGGAAGGGCGAGGAAGAAGUAUGCUGGGAAGUGUGGAAUUUGGACGUGACGAUAGCCACUCCUCGAACAGAGUCUGAACGCGCCAAAGUGCGCAAAGCAAUGGAGAAUAUGCUUCAGAAAGCCGUCUUGAAGAUCCUAGCCGUGGUUAACCGCGAUAAGGAGCACAUUCCCCCGAUCACUACGAGCGAUUCGAAUCCGUUUCCUUAUCGCGUGGUUUUAAACCCGAGAUCGGAUGGUUGGCAGAAUCGCUUUGGGUUAUACUGAUGCAGGCUACCUACCUACUACCCCUCUACUGCUUCUUUUCUUUUAAUCACACACAAAAAAUGUGCCCAGGCUACGGUCACCUGGACGCGAUAUUGAUAUGAUAUACAUGAAGACAAUCCGAAGGGCAGGCUGGCGCGGCAGGGCACGUCUGGGGAUGCAUAUGGAAUGCUACCUAUGUCAUAGUAUGUGUUUGCCCAGGAGUAGCAGCCUGCCGUCACCCCUGGUCCGUUUCCAUUCCGGCGUCGGUGGCAACCACAACAACAACAACUACCAGCUUUGAUUCUCUUGCAAGUGUAUUUUAUCCCGCUUCUUUUUGUCCCCUUUAUCAUAUGCGUCUCCUUCGGAUUCGGUUCAGAGGAUGAAAUGUUCUUAUACCCCCCACCCCCCAAUGUCCACCACUUACACUCUCCCAUUUCCCUUCGACAGAGAAGGAAGACAAGAGAAGACACGAAAAAAGGAAUGAAUGAAUGAAUGACCAGGAGGGUCAAGUCCAGUCCAGU